AUGGUGUCCUGUUCUGACGAGGUACGUCACAUGACGGAAGAAAGCCUAGCAACGAUUCAUCGGGGUCGCAGGGCGGUGCGCCGAGGACCUAUUCGCACAUAUCUACAAGCCAAGCUCCAAGGCAACCCCCUACAGCCUCCAGUGGAACCAACUUACGAAUCCCUUCCACUCGCCUCUUCAAUCGAAAUGAAAGGUAUUUCAAAAAGAUUUUUUAAGCCUUCCUAA